UCUCGUUCCCGGUAUGGUUACAAUUUAAGCGUUUUCUGUUCUAACGUUCCAACUUCUAAGGUGCUGGGUGGAAUUUGAGGCGUUUUUAUGUGAUCAUUUGAGUUCUGUUGCUAUCAUUCCUCAUGUAUGACGAGCACUGGGAACAGUAUACGUCGAUCCCGUAUGAGAACUACUACUUGUGUCUGGUCUCGUCGUGCACAUGAUUGAAAGGACGUAAAGUAUGGUGCGGAAUACGCAUAGUUAAACAUGUUCGUCUGACGGUGUCGCAACGAGUGUGUCUUGUGCGUGUUGUCUUUCUUCCGGAGAGUAGAAAGCAGUUGUAUGCCGCAGAACGCUCUCUGCAGCUCUGUCACGUUGGUGGUAUUCGCGAGUGCGACGAACCUUGAAGCCGACAGUGACCAAGGCCAUAGCCACGGAACAUACACGUCAUUAUAACUAAGACCGUGCGCGGAAUCGUGGUAUCUGGACUCUCCAAAAAGUCAUUUCGACGCAAGUAUGAAUAAUCAUAGUGUGCUAACAACGCCUACGUUAUGGGGUUAAAGAGCUACAUCAUACUGCUCUACGUUUUACUCUUAGGAUGUGGACGCUGCUGCGCAAACAUUGAGGGUCUUGACCAAGAACUUGAUGCUGGUGUCAGCAGCGAUGAUGCAGCUAUUGAAAAUGUUCAUCCCAGUGCUUCUCAGCUGCAUGAGCUUAGAGUGCCAGAUUGCUCGGAGAAUUCAGCUGUGCUUGAGUCCAGAAACGUACAGCCAACAUUUACACUGAAGAUGCAGGCCAGUGACGGCAUGAGUAUGAAGAGCGAACAAACGAGCUCCUUUCCUAGCCAGACUUCUUUUACGGAUGAAGCGUCCGGGUCAAACGUGAGCUCAGUAGGGACAGGAAGCCUCGACGCUCCCGAACCUUCUCCCGAGCAGAGCACCCUAGCUUACGGUAAAGAGGAACUCGUCACCGAAGUUCCCAGCUUGGAACUACAAGAAAGUCCUGCCGGGGAAGAAGCUUACGUAGAGACUGCUGCAGCGCCAGAGCAGCUGAAACCUCAGUCUACAGUUCCUAAUUACAAGAAAGGCGACGUCGAUAUGCCUGUGACGGAUGUUCCCGUCGACGUAGUUGUCACGGAGGGAUCUGCAAGUACCACUGACAAAGCUCUGCCUGAAGAUGAGAAGAGCCAAGCUGCUGAAAAGAUGCCUACUUUUGCCGAGUGGAAAGAAAAGAUGCUCGCAGGUCAAGAGAAAGGUGGGGACCAGGUUCCUGACGCCCCCAGUGCACAACUGAAGAAGAAGGCAUCAAAGGGCGGAAGGAACUAUGCGUCAUACGAGUGUGGGGCCAAGGUUCUGGCUGCCAAUGCAGAGGCCGACGGAUCGGGACGAAUCCUCAAUGAGAUGAUGGAUGAGUACAUGCUCAACCCCUGCAAAGCCAAGAUUUGGUUUAUUAUUGAGCUCUGCGAGAUAAUCCAAAUCUCGCAGGUUGAGCUAGCAAAUUUUGAGCUCUUCUCUUCGAUGCCAAAGGAAUUUUCUGUCUCCGUGAGCGACAGGUACCCGACGCGGGAGUGGACGCAGCUUGGCGUAUUCACUGCCCUUGACCAGAAAGCAGUCCAGUCUUUCAAGCUUCAGUCUGAUGGCUACGGGAAGUACAUCAAGGUAGAACUCCUCAGCAGGUAUGGCUCGGAACACUACUGCCCUCUGAGCCUCUUUCGUGUGUACGGAACUUCGAUGCUCGAAGAUUAUGAGCAGCUGGAAGACAAGCCGCAGGCAACUAGUCAGCAUAACUCGGAGGAAUAUGAUGAGGAAGGAGCAGAUAGGGCAGAGAAGAGCAAGAAUGUUGUAGAUCGUGCCAAGGAUGCAGUGAUGAGCAUUCUGAAGGUUCUAAGGAGGGACCAGGAAGAUAACAACUCUAGUGGAAACAUUUCCUGUUCCGAAGAUGGUCGAAACUGCAGCGGUAGAAUGAAUGCCUCCGCCUCACCGAUCAGCGCCGGCCACAAACUGCAGUGUCAGCUGCCCAGGGUCGUGGCCCCAGCCUUCGAGUCCUGCGUCGUCUGCUCGCAGCUGGACCACGUUGCCGCCGACGUGCCUAGUCACACUCACGCCUCCGCCGUUUGUCACUUUCUACGAGCAGCCCUGGCGCCAGUUAGUGACUGUGUGGACGACUCUCUGAUGCUGCCCGUAGAAGAGCAUCCCGGCAGUCAACUCUUGCCAGCUGCAGAAGGCGAUUCUACGACGUCCGAGAGUUCUUCUGCCUCCCCAACACUUCCCACGCACAGCAUGGAAGGUCCCAGGAGCGAGACGAGCGAGAGUCCCAAAAGUAGCCAGCACUCCUCUUCCUCUUCCACGUCUUCAUCAUCUUCCGUCGCCCCGUCGUCCGCCAGUGCGGAAUCCAAACCGGUUCGUUCGGCGUCGACCUCGUCGGAGCAGAGCCUCUUCAAAGUGAGCACCGCUGCUCGCAGUGGCGACGCGGAGAACGUCACUGCAUCCGCACAAACUUUCAGCGAAGAAAGUUUGUCGACGAGUAACCUGCAAGGCAGCAUCACCACGAGCAGUGUCUCUGAGGACGCCGUCGUUCCUACGCCGACCAUCGAAGCGUUGCCCGCGGAGGUCGAAACCUCGCCGAGCAGCGUGCCGUCGACGAGGAGCGAAGCGGUGGGUGACUCGACGGACUCAGCGAGUGAGGUUCCCGUCGUGUCUAGUGUCCUGGAGGAGAACGGAAUUCUCUCUCAACAUUCCGCAGACUCUGUGCAGGAAGGGGACGUGACGAGGGAAGGGGGUGCGAGGGAGUGGGGCAAGCCCACGGAACUGGGGUCAGCGCCCGGGAACCAGAAGGAGUCGGUGUUCAUGCGCAUCAAUAACAGAAUCAAGGUUCUCGAACUCAAUAUGUCUCUGAGCAGCCAGUACCUUGAGGAGUUGAGCCAGCGGUAUCGGAAACAAAUGGAAGACAUGCAGAGGAACUUCAAUCACACCAUCAACGCCCUCAACGAGACCACGAGGAUGGCUGCCGAAAAAGACCAAAGGCAGCAAGAGGCGUUGGUCCAACUUCAACAGCAGCUGGACAACUUGACCAGCGUCAUUGAUGCUCUCCUCAGUGAACGCAGAAGCAUCAGUAAAGAGGUAUUCGAAAGCCACGUAUGCCUCAUCGUGAUUGAAGCCAUAGUACUGGCUACGGUGUUCUCCCUGUGCUUGAGGCGUGCCCAUGCUGUUCCACUUCAACAAGGGGCGCCCGACAGGCACCACAUGCAGAGGCCCAGCAGCCGCUCUUCCCUCAAGAGGAGGUGCACAGAGUCCGAGCAAGAGGCUCCCACAACGCAGGUCUUCAUUGCGGAGAAGAAACAGAAGCCUAGCGAGGAUAGCAUCAGUAGCGGUAGCAGAGUGGUUAUCGUAGAACCAGUCGUUCCUAUAAUUAUGGAACCACAACCAAAAGAAAAGGUAAAAAAGCAUAAGAAUAAGAAGCAAAAGGGCUCGAAACGAAAAAACUCUGUUCCGGAGACUGGGCCGGACGAGCCGAGGCAGCAACAGAUAAACCGAGACGUAGUGGACAAAGCAACGAGCGCAGGCGUGCUCUUCAGCAGUGCCGCCGCGCUCAGCACAGCGGCGGACUCCCAGAGGGCGCACACUGGUCCGACAAAGAUCCAUGGGGGGAAGCCUCCUCCUCAUGAACAGCAACAACGCACACAAGCACUCUGCAUCCCAACGCAUAAAGUGCCGCUUCAGGUUGUGACACAAAAGUGGAAAGAUUCUACGUACGGACUCUGCAGUCAGGACACUAAGCUAGGACUCAUGAAGAUGUUUCCACAUGCAGGAAAGACACCGGUCUAGUCAUGGAAAGGACAAAUUAUUUAUUCUCCGCCUUAGUUAAUAAACAGAUUUUUCAAUUCUCA